AUGCGACUUUCCAAAUUGGCCGUUUCUUCGGUGCUGGCCGCCGUUGCUUGUGCUCAGGACGCCGACGCUGCUGCUGAUGCUGCUCCUUCCUCUCAGGUUGAGCACCCCGAAUUUACUCCUUACACUGGAGCUGUGACGGGCUUCUUUGAGCAGUUCCUGGAUGGCCACAAGUGGCAAAAGUCGUCGGCUAUGAAGGACGACGAGUUUUCUUACGUCGGCGAAUGGGCCGUGGAGGAACCCUAUGUGUUCCCCGGCUUCAAGGGAGACAAGGGUCUUGUCGUCAAGUCUCCUGCUGCUCACCACGCCAUCACCACCGCCUUUGACACUCCCAUCAACAACAAGGGCAAGACUCUGGUGGUGCAGUACGAGGUCAAGCUGCAGAAGGGACUCGAGUGCGGAGGUGCUUACGUCAAGCUGCUGUCUGCUGAAGUUAACGCCGAUGAUAAGGGCGUUGAGGAGUUCUCUUCCGAAACUCCUUACCAGAUCAUGUUUGGCCCUGACAAAUGUGGAUCCACCAACAAGGUCCACUUCAUUGUCAAGCGACCUCUUCCCGAUGGUACCUACGAGGAGAAGCACCUUGUUUCUCCCGCCCACGCCCGUCUCAACAAGCUCACCAACCUCUACACCCUGGUGAUCCGACCCAAGAACGAGUUUGAGAUCCGAAUUAACGGAAACGUUGUCAAGACCGGCAACCUGCUAGAGGAGGGUCUGUUCAAGCCCUCUUUCAACCCUCCUGCUGAGAUUGAUGAUCCCGAGGACACAAAGCCCGCCGACUGGGUUGAGGAGCCUUACAUGCCCGAUCCUGAGCAGGCCGAGAAGCCCGCCGACUGGGACGAGAAGGCUCCCUUCUACAUUGCCGACCCCGAGGCUGUCAUGCCCGCCGACUGGCAGGAGGAUACCCCGGAUUACAUUGUGGAUCCUGAGGCCUUCAAGCCCGAGGACUGGGACGACGAGGAGGAUGGAGAGUGGGUUGCCCCCGAGAUCCCUAACCCCGUUUGCGAGGAGAUUGGUUGCGGUCCCUGGGUCGCCCCCAAGAUCCAGAACCCCGACUACAAGGGUGUGUGGUCUCAGCCCAUGAUCGAGAACCCCGACUACAAGGGUACCUGGGCCCCCAAGAAGAUUCCCAACCCCAACUUCAAGGCUGACGAGCACGCCUCUGAUCUUGAGCCCAUUGGUGGUCUUGGCUUCGAGCUCUGGACCAUGCAGGAGGACAUUCUGUUCGACAACAUCUAUGUCGGACACUCUGUCGAUGAGGCCGAGGCCAUUGGAAACGCCACCUUUGUGCCCAAGCUGGCUCUCGAGGCCGAGGAGGAGAAGCUCUCUGGUCCCCAGAAGGAGACUGCUCCUUGGGAUACUGAUGAGGGUGUUCUUUCCUCUGUCGACAUGUUCCUUGCUGACCCCGUUUCUUUCGUUCUCGAGCGGGUUCUUGGUUUCUUUGAGGUCUUCUCUCAGGAUCCCGUCUCCGCUAUCCGAGAGGACCCCGUCGUUGCAGCAGCUUCUUUCGGUCUCCUUCUCAUCACGUCUGCUACCGCCUUUGGUCUCCUCAAUGUGAUCAUCUUCCUCCUGUUCGGCAAGAAGAAGCAGUCGGCUGCUCCCGCCAAGAAGACCAAGAAGACCGGUGACGGUCCUUCUAAGCUCACCAAGGCCGACGUUGUUGAGGCCGAGGCUGAGGCUGAGCAGGCUGCUGAGACCGUCGUUGCCUCUGGUGUCGAUGAUGGUUCUGCCGAGCUCAAGAAGCGAAAGGCUUAG